AUGAAUGCCGAUUUCUUACAGCAGGCCCAGAAUCAUGCAGACGGCAUGAUUCCAUACCAGCACGCUAGUUUGCAAGCUUUGCGGGAGCUGGGUCCGGAUGUGCAAGCCGCUUUGAGUCUGAAAAGCCUUUUUGUAGUCCAGCAUUGUUUGCAAAACCUUGAUGUGGAUUUUUUCCUCGAUGAGGUAGAGGGAUUUGGAGACUUGAUGACAGGGUAUUUUGACUACCCCCUGGUGAUGGAGUGCAUCCUCAGUUCUACGACGGAAGGACCUGGUCAAAAUGACAUCCAGAUCACCAUGGAUGCAAGAUUUGAUGCAGUUGUCAUCUCAAAGAAGCAGAUGGUGGGACUUUGCAGACAAUUUCGGCACGUUGUUGAACAACUCGACAAUAUUGACCAACUGGACACAUUAGACGACAUACGCCUCGCAAGUCGUGACGAUGUUGAUCAGGUAAUUUCCUGGAACGCCUCGCAACCUUGGGAGUGCGUAGAAAAGACUGUCCAUGAUAUUAUUUCCGAUCAGGUUCGCCUGAAUCCCAAUGCUGUUGCCAUUACGGGUUGGGAUGGUCAGAUGUCUUACCUCGAGUUAGAUGAGCACUCAACACGGGUUGCCAAGAUUUUGGUACCAAAGUCCAUUGGCCCUGAAACUAUUGUUCCUCUGUGCUUUGAAAAGUCCAAAUGGGCCGUUGUCGCGGCGCUUGCUGUCCUGAAGGCCGGGGGUGUCGUCACUCAGCUGGGUGUUUCACAUCCUUUAAGUCGCAAGAAGAAAAUUCUCGAAGACACCAAAGCAAGGCUUGUAUUGGUACCAUCCACCAAUAUCGGUGACCAGUUCACUGGCAUAGUUCCAAGAAUGGUCAUCGAUGAGCAAUCCACGGCCCAGCUACUCGAAUUUAAUACACCCCUUCCAGAAAUCAAGCCUAACGCAGCAUACAUAUUAUUCACUUCGGGAAGCACUGGGGGCGGUCAAAGGGCAUUUUCGUUCUCCCACGGCGGGCAAUUCAAGAUCAACCAGAGUACAAGAGUGUUGCAAUUCGCAGCUUACACUUUCGACAUAAGCUGCGCCGAUAUAUUUAUAACACUCAAGCGCGGCACUACAAUCUGCAUACCGUCCGAAUAUGAGUGUAUAAACGACCUGACCAGCGCUGUUACAAAGUACCGGGCAGACUGGAUGUUUGUCACGCCCACGGUCGCCCAGCUAAUUGAUCCGGAAUCGGUACCUUCUUUGCGCACUCUCGUGUUGGGUGGCGAAGCUCCGACGGCCGAGAACGUCACGACGUGGGCUAACCGGCUGGAUCUUAUCUUCAUCUGGGGACCUGCAGAGACUACUAUCUACACUUCAGCUUAUCGCAGGCCUGGCCCUCCACUACGAGGAAAGGACAAGCAGGCAGCUAGUGAUCAAAUUGCAACCAUAAGACAGUUGCUGGAAGAACAUCUCCCUGGUUAUAUGAUCCCCACGGUCUGGAUUUGUGCUGAGACGAUGACUCUGACUGGACAUGGCAAGAUGGAUGGGACGGCAGUUGCCAAAUGGGCUGAAAAUUUCGACCAUGAGGCUUAUCAAGACCUGCUACUAGACUCCAGCGAGUAUGAUACGAAAGUAGAGUCUGCGGUGGCUGCGUCAGGUCAGGCCACAGUUAUUCGAACUCUGGCCAGCCAAGCAAGAGCAGCAGGUAUCGACUUGAGCGUUAGAGAUAUCUUGAAGGCGAAACCCCCGUUUGGCAUGGCCGAGGCUGCAACACCUAUCAAGUCCGAUUCUCCAUUCCCGAUUACGGAGAUUGAUGCCCCUCGAGCUGAAGUAUUGGAUACGCCAUUCAGGCUGUCACCUAUUCAAAACCUGUUCUUUGAUACUGCUGGGCCACCUCCGGGAUCUUCUACAUCGCACUUUACUCAAACCAUACUGCACAAUGCUGAGAGGAUAGAGGACCGGAACAAUCUGUACAAGAUUCUGGCAGAGCGAAACUCUGCUUUCGAUAUAAGCCAAGGCCCUAUAUUCGCCGCCCACCUGUUUAACAUCAAUAAUGGCAGUCAGGAACAGCUUCUCCUUCUCUCAGCCCAUCACCUCGUAAUUGACGUCGUUUCCUGGCUGGUAAUUCUUGGUGACAUGGAGGAAUUCCUGAUCAGCUCCAAGCCUGGCAUACUGUCUUUGGAGAAACCUCUCCCCUUCCACACCUGGCUGCAUUCACAACAAGAGCAGCCUGAAGAAAAUUUGAUGCAGGCUAACGGGCUCAAUUCCUCCCUGAAUGGCAUGCAAGCACUUGAUCUCACCUAUUGGGGCAUGACAGAUCAGGCCAAUAAGUACGGUAGCGAAGGAGAACUAUCCUUUUCACUGGACGAGGAAGAAACUGCAAGGCUGUUACGUGGAUAUGGUAAUAGGUCGACACCAGCUGCGGCUGAGUCUGUUGAUAUUAUGGUAGCAACCCUGCUGCAAGCGUUUUCAGCUGUGUUCCCCGACCACGCAAUACUCCCUACCGUGUUCUCUGAAGGCCAUGGCCGCGAGUCUGCAGAUAAGGAUGUCGAUCCUUCGGGAACAGUUGGCUGGUUCACCACUUUGACACCUCUGCACGUAGUGUUGGUCGAUAAUAAUGUUGUGAACACGAUACGGGAGAUAGAGAUUCUUUUCAACUUCCUUGGAAGCUUCCAACAACUCGAGUCGAAAGAGGGUCUCUUUUCAGAUGCUCCACUGUUAGAUAAUGAGAUCAUCAUUGACAACGGCCCUGAGCUGAACCGCCUUGCCCUAUUUGAUGUUUCCGCCAUUGUCACGGGUGGGAGACUAAAGAUGACAUUCAAGUACAACAGGAGGAUGCAACACCAGAAUAGAAUUUAUGAAUGGGUUACAACUAUGCACUCCUUGCUAAAGGUCGCUGAUGAAAGCUUGAGCAGCUUGAACACAUCUGAAUUGGAAAGCAUAUUCGCCAAGUCAAUGAAGAAGGAGACAAAGGAACAGAUGCUUGAUAAUUUGGGAGUUGAUAUGGCAAAUGUACAAGAGAUUGUACUAUGCGCGCUUUUGCAGCAACACAUGGUAUUACUGAUGGCUCAGCAGAGUGGACUGGGCAUUUACGAGGUCGAGCUCGUUUUUCACAUCACAGGAGACAAUAUCAAUACGGCAAAGCUCGAAUCAGCGUGGCAACAGGUAAUCGACAGACACUCAAUACUGCGUACAAUUUUUUAA